AUGGGUUAUAAGUCCACUACUGCAGCCCUCUGCGGCAUAGUGCCCAUCGUCUCAGGCGCACUUUACAACACCGUUAUCGAAACCAAGUAUGGAGGUGUCCAGGGUUACCCUGCUUUCAAUGCCUCCAACACCGGCAACUUGACCCAUUGGAAGGAUAUCACCGUGUGGAAAGGCAUCCCAUACGCUGCCACGACUGGAGGCCAGAACCGGUGGAAGGCCCCCCAAACGGCUAGCGCAUGGAAUGGGACUCUGGAUGCCAAGAACUGGGGAAAUGUUUGCCCUUCAGCAACUGACGGCAAUAACGACUACACCAUUGACGAAGAUUGCUUGAAUCUUAAUAUCUGGAGUCCUGCCAAUUCCACCGAUGCCAAGCUCCCUGUGGUCAUGUGGAGCUACCCAGCUGUAUCGACUGCGGCAGACGCCCUCUUUGAUGGCGGUGGGAUGGCUGACCAGGGCAUUAUCUUUGUCAAUUACAACUACCGCACUGGUUCCUUUGGAUGGCUGGCCUCUCCAGAACUGACUGAAGAGUUUGGAAAUGGACACAACUCCUCUGGAAACUGGGGUAUGCUCGACCAGUUCGCUGCCCUCAAGUGGAUCAAGGCCAACAUUGCCCAUUUCGGUGGUGACCCAGACCACAUCACUGUUAUGGGUCAAUCUGCUGGGUCCGCUGCAACUCAGCAUAUCUUGAAUAGCCCCUUGACCAAGGGAUUGAUUAAGGGUGCCAUUAUUCAGAGCGGUGUUCGGGAUCCACAUGAUCCUUUGUGUACCAGCCUCGCUGAGGCCUACACGACCCUUGAUUCCUCCUACUCUACAGCGAGCUCCUAUUUGAAGAGUCUGAAUGUCUCUAGUAUUGCCGAGGCCCGCGAACUGCCCAUGGAGAGCCUGAUUGUGGACUUCUUUAGUUCGGACUUUGACUUCACAGCCACGCUUGAUUACUACGCCGUCCCUGACACUUACUACAACACUUUGACCAACAAGUUAGCUCAAGAUGUGCCUGUCAUGACAGGCAACACAAAGGAUGAAAGCGGUGCACGUUAUGGUUUGGAUAUCACCAUGUCAGAGUACCUGACCGACCUCAACGAGACCUACAGUGGCCCCUGGGUGCAGCGCUUCCUUCGUCUCUAUCCGGCACAUGACAACACCACUGCUUCUGGAGCAUACAACUCUCAGUUCACGGACCGCUCCAAGAUUGGCACUUGGCUCUGGUCUCAGAUGUGGAACAAGGCUUACAGCAGCCCGAUAUACAACUACUUCUGGGACCACGCUCCCCCUGGCCAAGACCAGGGUGCUUAUCAUGAGUCUGAGAUCAACUACGUACUGAACAACCUCUAUGGUACCGACAGCCCAUGGACAGCAGAGGACUAUGCCAUCGCCAAGAAGAUGAAUGGCUACUGGGCCAACUUCAUCAAGAGUGGAAACCCUAAUGGUGAUGGGUUAACUACUUGGCCUGCCGUGAACUCGAGCGAGCUUGUUCAGCAUGUUGGAAAUGGAUGGGGCCAGAUCCCUGUGGCAGUGAGCAAGAAGGUUGCUCUCCUUAAGUCAUGGUUCAGUACCUUGCAGAAGUAUUAG